AUGAACAGGUAACUUACACCAGAUGGUACAAAAUCAACAAUGAGAAGUACUAUGUUACCAAAGAUUGUCAAUAAAUAAUAAAAAUUAGAAUAGCAAUAGAGUAUUUACUAAAGUGUGGAUGCAGAAAAGUUCUAAAAGAGAACAAGAAAUUUUGAUUUUUCUAACUUAUAGAGAACAAUUCAGACCAGCUAUUCAAAAAGCAGAUAGAAAUAAAGGACAAUACUCUAACCUUUAUCUAAUACGAUAAAUAAUCGAAUCUAGACUAAGUAACAGCUAAAUAGGAUAAUAAAUUCAUUGAUCAGAAUAAUGCAAAAUGAUGCUGAAUUUAUGAAUUCAUGUAAACAUUUACAUGUGAAUUCAUAAAAGUUAUCGCAGUUACUACUUAUGCUUACUCCACUUAAUUUUGAAACUGAAGGAUUCUUUACAAUUCAUCGUAAGUUGAAAUAAUAAUAACAAUUGAAUGAAUAACCCUAUUUUAUUGAAAUUGAUAGAAUGUUUUUUGCAGUUUCUAAACUAAACAUUCCUGUACCAUUGUAACAUUUGAUGUAGUUAUCCCAAUAUAGUGAUUGUCUUUAUUAAGAUAACUCAUUUGGAAUGGUUGUGAACUACUAAUAAAUGUUAUCAAUCUUAAAAUAAGCUUAUCAAGUACAUAAAAAUAUGUAGUCUUAAUAAGAAUUGAGUACAACUACGGCAAGCGAUGAUGAGGAAAGAUUGUCACCAUCAGCUAGAAGUAUGUGUAUAUACAUAGCAUACUAGUUGUUUAGAGAUUAUUGUCACGUAAUACAGCUAGAAAAGUUCAGUUUAAAUAGAAGCGAUUAGGUUACAUCAAUGAUUAGAAUAUGGUGGCUUAUUAUGAUUCCUUCACUGAUUUGAAGAAGAAGUUGGAGAGAGAUUGGAAUGCAAAGAACUACAUUUUUGGGUGUAUCAGAUUCGGGUACAUUGACCUUAUAAAAUAUCCUCAAUAUGUUGAUCAUUAAACAAAGAAGGAACUCAAAAUAUUUGGGCUAGAAAGAUCGAAACUACCAAUAUCUAUGCAAGUUGUAUAUAAGCAUAAAUCUCAAGUGAUGAAUCAGGAGAAAGCAUUGAACAAAUUGAAUCUGUACCAACCCAAGAAUAUCUAUUAUGAAUCUUACACCAAGGACCCUGAUUUCAUCUCUAAAGUUUACUAUUUAAAUGUAAUCACAUUCAAUUAUUGAUUAGGUGUAUAGUUUAUCUAACAAGUUUAAUUCUAUUUACACUUAUAAAAAUGAUUAGAUAACUGACUACAAUAUUAUGAAUUUGGACAAUAUCUGCAUCAAGAGUUUAUUCACAGAAUAGACUGAAUACAUUACAAAGGAUUGCGCUUUUGAUGAUUAAUAGGGGUGUUUCCGUGUUAAAAAGAGGGAAUACCGUCCUCUGGAUCUAGAAUAAGCAGACUCAUCAGGAUCUGAACCUGAUUUGGAUGUUUAUGAUCCUCUUUAUGUGAAAAGUAUACAAUCAUAUCCGCAGUACUUAAUUGAAACUUAGAUUCAAUUUACAUUCCCGUUGCUCUACAGAUUCUAUUACAAUAAGAUGUUUACUAAUGCCAAGAUCAUUAGAGAUAAUUACACAGAGUAAUAAAAUAUAAUAAUAAUUAUUUAGAUUGGUGGAUCAAUGUAAGAUAAAACCUGAAUAGUAAUUCAAAGAGAAAUUUGUGAAUGUCCCCAGUCCAGAUAAUUGCAAUUAUCAAAGACAUAAAUAUAAGUAACCAGAGACUGUAGAUUUGACUGAUGAAAGUGACAAUGAAAUUUAUGAAUAACCUCUUGAAGCCUUAGAUAAAUAAGAUCUUUCACUUAGUUUCAAAGUUUAACCUCUAAUUAAAGAAGAAGAUUUUAGAGAACAUACUCAAUAUCUAAAGAGUCAAUCAUCCAUAAUUAUUCAGGAUGAAUAGAAAGUGAAUGACAAAAUUCAAUUCGCUCACAAUAUUGCAAGACCAUUUAUUUGUUUAUAAUGUAUUUUACUUAUUAAAUUAGACAUCAGAUUCUUAUGCCCUAUUAUUGUAGUUAAGAUUCCCAUUAUAAAUUCACAUGCAGAUAAUUCCUUCUAUAGUUGAAAGAGAAUUGCCCUUGAAGGAAGUGAAUUUUGAAGCAAGUACCAUCAUCAUUGAUAAUACUCUAACUAUUGAUUAAGGAAUCAAAGAUUUAGAAUCAUACCCUAUAAUUGAUAUAGACUCUGAGGAGGAUCCAAGCUUUGAUGAAAUGCCUCUUGAAAUCGAUCUACCUGAAUAAGUUGAAUAAUAGACAAUUGAAUAAAAGAAUGAAGAUGAUGAAGAAAUAACAAUAGACAAAGUUACUGAAUAUGUAGAUUUGGAAAUUAAAGAUAGUCUGACCAUUGAAGUUAAAAAUGAUUAUGUAAGUAAGCUAGAGAUUGAUGGAUAUCCUAUUUACUUUUAUUUGGAUGAACAUCUAAGGAAAACAGAACCGACCAUACACAGAGUUACUAUGGAAGGUAAAGAAAUUCAAUCAGUUCAAAUUAGUUGUGAAUAAAAAGGAUCUAAAAUUUAUAUGAAAUUAUUUGCAAUCAAGGCUUUAUGUGAUUAGAGAUUGGAGAGCAAUAUUGAGAAAAAAUAAAAUUAUGAAGAAGAGGACAAACAAGUUAAUAUAUAUGAACCUAUAACAUUACCUGAAUAAUGGAAUCAAGGUUAAUUUGUCAUCAAUUUGUAUUACUUGCAAAGAGAGGAUGUAAAUUAGAAUGUUGAAUGGCUCAAAACGGUUCUUAUCACUUAUUUUCCUUAAAUUAUUAUUGUUGAAGAAUAUAGCGAAUCUUUUGAAGCAUAUAUUUAUGGAGUUGGUCCUAAGGAUUUUAGAGAUGCAAAUGGAAGAACUUUGCUUUUUAGAAAGGAUAUUGAGGAUUGGUACAUAUAUUAUUGUUAUUUAAGGACUCAAUUUAACCAGGAAUUUCAAUUUAAAACUCUCCUAAUAUAUGAUACAAUCUGUUACUUAAUUAGUCUCUAUGGUUCAAUUGAUUAAUUGAGCUUUGUUUAGAAUAAAUAUAUUUCAGAAAAUCACUCAAAGCAUACCAAAUCGAAAUUUGAAAAACUGCAUUUACAUCCAUACAAAUAUGUUGAGAAUGUAGAAAGGGAACGAAUCAGACCAACUACUGGUUACAGCAAAGUUGGAAUAAGAAGAUAAAAUUAUUGA